AUGAGUGUGCGCAAGAUUAGUAAGAAGUUCAGUGUGCAAUCUGUAGAGGCACCUGACCUGAAAGGUGCAAAGCUGUCGCUAUUGGGGGAGUCUACAGAAGCUUAUGCGGGAAUCCCAACUGAAGUUGUUGAUGAAGAUAUUGAAGCUGAGGAUGAAGAUAAUGCACAGCUUAACCUGUUUGAGGAUGAUGAUAAAACAUUACCUCCAAUGAGUAACUGGUUUGGUAAGCUGGCGGCUUAUACUGGUGGAAUCGAACCGACAGUGGGUGAAACUAAACAGCUGAGGGAAAAACAAACAAAACCAAAGGAUAAUAAACGUUUGGGCACGAUAUUGGGAGUUUUUCUACCUUGCUGUCAAAAUAUAUUUGGCAUUCUCCUGUUCGUUCGAGUUGGAUGGAUUACGGGUGUGGCAGGUGCCCUUCAAACAUUCAUUAUAGUGUUACUAUGUUGUAGUUGUACUAUGCUCACUGCUUUAAGCAUGUCUGCAAUAGCAACGAAUGGUAAAGUACCCGCUGGUGGAUCUUACUUUAUGAUAUCACGCUCGAUUGGACCUGAAUUCGGUGGAGCAGUCGGUCUACUUUUUUAUUUGGGCACUACAAUCGCUUCUGCCAUGUAUUUGGUAGGAGCAGUGGAAGUAUUCCUAAAGUAUAUCUGUCCACAAGCAUCGAUUUUCGGUGAUAUUACAUCAGAUGACGCCCUAUUCAAUAAUACACGUGUUUAUGGUACAAUCCUGUUAUUUAUUGUAAUGUGCUGUGUAUUUAUGGGUAUUCGUUUUGUAAGCCGAUUUGCUGCUGUCAGUUUGGCUGCUGUGUUACUUUCAAUUAUCUGUGUGUAUUUAGGAGUUUUCACAGUUAAUUCAUCCCGUAGCCCAUAUGUUUGUUCACUUGGUGGACGUUUGCUGAGUCGUGAUUUUAUCAGCGUAAAUGGGACCAUAGAAUGUCAUAAAAAUAUGACUGGGCCUAUUUAUGCAGCAUAUUGUGGUAAUCCAGAAACGGCGACACCAGAAUCAUGCGCCUUCUUCCACUCCAAUAAUAUCAGUUAUUUUCCUGCUAUGCCUGGAUUAACGUCGAAAAAGUUUUUCGAAAAUUUCGUGGAAUCUCAUUACCGUGAAAAAGGGGAGGCAUACGAUUCUAUUGAUUUCCCAGCGGAUCGUAAAUAUGGUCAAGGUCCAAACAUAGCAGAUGUUACAUCAAGUUUCAUGAUUCUCUUGGGUAUAUACUUUCCUUCUGUUACUGGUAUUAUGGCUGGUUCCAAUCGAUCAGGUGAUUUAACCAAUCCUCAGAAGUCUAUUCCUUUGGGAACUAUUUUGGCUAUCGCAGUGACGUCAUUUGUAUACUUGUCAUCUCCGCUUGUAUUCGCUGCAAUUUGUGACGGCGCUGUAAUGCGCGAUAAAUUUGGAGAAAGUUACGGUGGAGUGUUAUUAGUUGCUGCAUUUGCCUGGCCACAUUUCUGGGUUAUACUAAUUGGAUCAUGCCUUUCAACAGUUGGAGCUGGCCUACAAUCUUUAACUGGUGCUCCACGUCUUUUACAGGCAAUAGCUCAAGACAAUGUGAUGCCAUUUUUGAAUGUAUUCAAGGUGAUCACGAAACGUGGUGAACCACUGAGAGCUCAGCUGCUGUGUUAUGGAAUCGCUCAGUUAGGCAUACUGAUCGCUUCAAUUGAUUAUCUGACUCCGCUCAUCACUAUGUUCUUUCUGAUGUGCUACGGUUUUGUGAAUCUGGCUACAAUGUUGAAUGGAUUUUUAAAGGAACCAAGUUGGCGUCCAAGAUUUAGAUUUUAUCAUUGGUUCCUAUCAUUCAUUGGAUUGUGUCUUUGUAUUGCACUAAUGUUUAUAUCCAGCUGGUAUUAUACUAUUGUGGCAUGGGCUUUGGCGUUCGCAAUUUACAAAUAUAUUGAAUAUAGAGGAGCGUCUAAAGAAUGGGGUGAUGCUACACGUGGCUUACAAAUGUCCACUGCAAAACAAGCCAUCCUAAAACUUGGUACUAAACCAAUUCAUACGAAAAAUUGGAGACCACAGAUUUUGGUCUAUUUACCAUUGGAUGAAAAUUUUCAAGCACGUCAUGAUCGUUUAUUGGAUUUAGUUUAUCAGUUGAAAGCUGGUCACGGUUUAACAUUGGUAGCAUCAAUCUUGGAAGGAGAUAUUGUCGAAAGACGUAAUGAUAUGGUUGCAGCUAAAGCUCAUUUAAGUGAUCUUAUUCAAGAACAUCGUAUCAAAGGUUUAGCUGAAGUACUUGUCGCCUCAUCUGUUGACGAAGGCAUGAAAAAUAUGGCACAGUGUGCUGGUCUCGGGAAUCUUCGCCACAACACAUUAAUGGUUUCAUUCCCUGAAGAUUGGCGUGUUGAUUGUAAACGUAAAGGAAGUAAAUUAUCAAAGUUUAUAUCAACACUGAGAGCUGCACAAGCAUGUGAUGUAGCAAUGUUAGUACCAAAAGGCAUUGAUUCAUUCCCAUUGAGUAAAGGUAUUCAAAUGACUGGAAAUGUUGAUGUUUGGUGCAUUGUACAUGAUGGUGGUUUACUACUUUUGACAUCAUAUCUACUUAUGCGUAAUCGUGUAUGGCGCAAAUGUCAUUUACGUGUCUUUGUUGUGGCCAAUGAAGAUGAUGAUACUGUAAAUCUAAAGAAAGAUAUGACCAAAUUUAUGUAUGACUUGAGAAUUCAUGCUUCUGUGGAUGUAGUCGCAAUGAGUACUGCUGAUAUAUCAGCCUAUGUUGCCCAACGUACAGCUAGCAUUGAACAACGUAGAGCUUUGCUUAUGCAAAUGAAAAUCUCCAAUGUACAAGCUCGUUGUGAUCCACAGCUUAUUGUCGAUCAACAUCGUAAGCCAAGUUCAGCGGAAAUAUUCCAGUCGGAUAUUAUUAAGUCAAACUGUUCAAAUGAAUCACACAAACUAUUACCAGCUAUAUCAGUAACGUCAACUGAAAGUUCGGAUCAAUCACCUGACCAUGAAACAAAUGUAACGAAUAUUAGUAGUAAUGAUUCUGCUGCAAAAGCCUGUGUAAAAUCACCUAAUCUGAAAUCAGAUAAUGAAUUAAACAAUAAACCUAUGUCAAAUCAUCAUGCACAGUGUACUGUAUCAUUUGCAACUGGUUCAGCUGUCACAGUCGGUGAAGUUGAUCAGGUGGACAACAAUCCUACAGAGAAUGAUGAAGAUAACCAAGCUGAAGUCAAUCGUGGUUUAAAUGAAUUCACCUUUUCACCAUCCUAUCCUUUAAACAAAAUGGUACAGAAAGCUGCAAAACAAGCUGCUAAUAGUAAUGAUGAUAAGACAGGACCAAAAGGUGAAAGUCCAUCGAAUAAAAGACAUUCAGGAAAAAUGUCUAAAACUCAACGUCGUUUACAUUGUGCUGUACGCUUAAACGAAUUGUUACGAGAUCAUUCUACUCUUAUCAUCGUUAUUGUCGUUGUGUAUUCCUCAAAAGUAACCAAAUAA